UACUGGACCGGUUUUUUUUUUCAUAACUAGAGUUACCUACCGUGUAUAUACAAAAGUUCACAUCAUGAGUGACCAAGGUUUUCACCAUCCUGCAGUUUCAAAAGCUGUUGAAAAUGUACAGAGAUCAUACGAGAAAAAAAUGACUGAUGCCAUGGGAAAAAAGCCCAAAACUACAGGCCCUUACAUUCCAGGUUUAACACAACGUCCAGAGAAUCCAUCAUUAACAGAUCCACCACCAAAACAGCCGGCAAAGCCAGACGAACCGAAAGCUGUGCCUCCCGAACUAAUUGAAAAUUUUCUUUCGGGUAAAAAACACCCCAUUAGUAGUCUGAUGGAGUACGCAUCGAUGAUGCGUCAUGAGGUGAAGUUCCAGGAAGUGGGUGUGGAGGUGUAUUCGUUCUCUGCCAAGUUUGCCUCAAUGUGCAUCAUGGAUGGCAUGAACUACCCACAGGGAGUUGGGAAGACGAAGAAAGAAGCAAAGACAAAUGCUGCUAAAAUCGCCUUUACUAUCGUGCUGGGCCUGAAUCAAGAGGAAGUGGAGGCUGACGAGUCUGGAACUAUUCAGUUUGAUAGUAUGGGCAGAAGGCUCAUCAUUCCAAAAGAAGGUGGGUCAAAGCCUGUUGGACAUUCCACAAUAGGAAUGGCAGUAGAUGUGCCUUUCGUUAACGCUGAUCCACUUUCACAGGACUAUAAUCCAGUUCUACUGCUCCAGAACUUUUGCACCAGGUGCAGAAUUCCAUUUUCAAUAACUGUCGGGGACGACCUCGGUCCGUAUGGGUAUUUUGCUGAAGUUAAGGUGCGCAGUCAAAAGUUAGUUGAGGUGUAUGGCAAGACCAAAAAAGAUGCAAAACGACAGGCAGCUGAAGAAGCAUUGGGGAUCCUUAUGGAAACAGAACAUAUUGAAGUUGAUGAAAUGGCGCAGUUAUCUGAACCAGACAGAAUAGCAACUUUAGCCUACAACAAACUCUUCACUGCUCUUGAAGCAGUUCCUGAUAUGUAUGCUGUCAAGAAAAUAUUUGCUGCUUUUAUAGUUAAACACACUGAUACUGAUCAUGGUGAAGUUAUAGCUUUUGGAACGGGACACUGCAGUCUGUCAACAGACAAAAUUACUACAGAUGGCCGGUCUCUCAUAGACAGCACAGCCAUUACGAUAGCCCACAGAGCUCUGUUAAAAUAUUUUCACAAAGAAAUGAAGAGGUACUAUGAAGGUGGUAAAGUUCUUUCCAUAUUUGCUCCCGGAUCUAAUAAUGGUGUUUUACAAUUAAAAAAGACGACCACGUUACAUCUGUAUAUAAGUGAACCACCUGAUGGAGACUACGGGCUGUUUGCUGACCAUCCGGGAUCUAAACCAAGUGGUGAGGACUUGGAGAUGAUAAAGCAAGGUGCUCAUUUCCCUUCGUUUGAGGAUGAUGCUAAUGGAUUUUUGUGUAUAAAAGAUGAAGACGGUUUGGUGAUGGCAGUGGGUGAAAAUCAGAAACCACUUCAGACAUUAACAGACCUACAAGGUGGAGAGGAUCUGGUCGUCAUGUCUGCCAGCGAUAAACUUCUCCAGUGGAAUAUUCUCGGCCUUCAGAGUGCAAUAUUCAGCCAUUUUCUUGAUCCAAUAUAUUUAUCUUCAGUAACAGUCGGUUCAAAGUUUGAUCAUGGCCACUUCUGCCGGGCAGUGUGUUGUCGGGUGUACGGUGUCCUGCAGGAGACGCUGCCCCCACCGUACCAGAUCAACCACCCCCGGCUGAACCCGGUCAGUCUCAAGUUUGCCGAGCUGUAUCCCGACGGGCCGCAUCCCACGUCUCUGUGCAUCAACUGGUCUGAUGGAGACGAGCAACUGGAGAUCACUGAUGGAUUCUCAGGACGAGCAGCCCCAAUAUCUCCCAAAAAGACUGGUCCCUCUAUGGCAAGUCGUUUGUGCAAGGCAGCUUUCUUGGCUCGCUACAAAGAACUUGCUUUGUUGUCCGAAAAAAAACCGCUCAUAAGUGCUCCCACCUACUAUGCUGCCAAGCAGAUCUCCAAGAAAUACCAAGCGGCAAAAAAAGCAUUCAGAGAUCACUGCAUACAGGCGGGCAUUGGAUGCUGGGUCGCAAAACCUUCAGAAUUAGACACGUUUAACAAAUAAUUUGUGUUUUUUUGUUUUUUUUGUUUAUAUAUACACCUCGUCAUAAAUAUCGCACCACACAUUUUAAAGUAAAAUUAGAAAAUAUAAGUUUCGGUUUUUUAAACUACAAGUAUAUAUUUAAUAUACUACAACAUCUGUGAACAUAAUAUCACAAACACACCCUGUUCCGAGCUGCACGUGCAUGCUCAGUCGAGCAUGAUUGAUCUGGGGGUCGGUUUGCUAACAAUGCAGUAUGCACAUAGCCUCUUUUGGUGUAUGUUAUGUUGGCAGACACAGCUAAAAUUUGAUUUUAGGCAUAAAUUAAGCUUUAUUUUGACCAACCAGUGAAAUGCCCAAGCGUCCAGUGCCUCUGAACCAAAGAUGGCGAAUUAUUGGUAUGCACCAGACUGGUAUGUCAUGUCGUGCUAUUGGAACACAAUUGAACAUUAAUCACACUGUCAUCAGCAGGCUAAUACGUAAACAUACUGCUUCCGGUGAAGUGAAGGAUGCACCGAGGUCUGGACGUCCCAGAAAAACCAAUGACAGGGAAGACCGUGCUCUCGUACGCCAAGCCAGACGAAGCCCAAAGUCUACUUGUACACAGCUGCGACAUGGAUGUCAUCCAUACAACAGAGUGUCCAUCAGCACCAUCAGACGACGCCUAAAUUCUGCAGGAUUGAGAGCAAGACGACCAAUCAGACGUCCACUCCUCACAAAUCAGCACCGCCAUGCCCGUUUAGCCUGGUGCCAAGCACGUAAUCGCUGGAACCUGAGGACAUGGAGAAGGAUCCACUGGUCCGAUGAAAGCAGAUUUUUGCUGCAUCAUACAGACGGGAGGGCACGAGUUUGGAGGCAGAGAGGCACAGCAUAUGAUCAGAGGAACAUUCAAGCUGAGGUUCCAUUUGGGGGUGGAUCCGUCAUGGUGUGGGGGUGUUGUUCCUAUGAUUAUAAACUUGACCUCAUCACAGUUCCCGGAACACUGAAUGGACAGAUGUACCAGAACUUGAUCCUGGACGGUGCUGUUGUGCCUCAUUUCGAUAACCAUGCUCUCGCCACACGUCCAGUCUUCAUGGACGAUAAUGCUAGACCACAUCGUGCUCGAGCUGUUGUUCAGCAUCUCCAACACAACGCCAUUGAGACACUACCAUGGCCUGCCAGAAGUCCAGACCUAAAUCCUAUUGAGCAUUUGUGGGACAUUUUGGGACGUAGGGUGAGAGCAAGGGAUCCUCGAGUUCAGAACCUUCAGGAAUUGACCCAUGCAUUGCAUGAUGAGUGGCAGCAGAUCCCUCAACAGAGCAUCAGACGUCUGGUGACAAGCAUGAGAAGGCGUGUAGAACAUGUUAUCCAAGUGCGAGGCGGUUACACCAGAUACUGAGUUGGCCAGUCAUUGUGGACCUUACUAGUGUGUUUGACAUUAAUGAAAUGUGAACUGUGUUGUGUGUCUGUUGUAACGACCCCGGCAGCCAUACUUAUUUCACCGUAUUUUACGGUGAUUUUAGUGAACUUUACUUUGCUACAAUUAAACCCUCAUUUAGUGCUUAAAUUCGGUCUUGUGUUGUAAAUUUUCUGACUGAACGCUCACAUGAGGCCAUAUAAACAGUUUAAUGUGCUUUUCUAAGCACCAUUUUUAUGAGGCAGAAGAUCCAGUUUUACUUCGUGAACAAAAUUGGGUGGUGCGAUAUUUAUGACGAGGUGUAUAUAAUUUGUUUUAUGUGCCUUUGUUUAUUAGUUAAGAUGUCCCUGAUUGGUGACUUUUCAAAAGUGAGACUUCUGAAUGUUUCUGAAUACAGAAAUAAAAAAAAAACUGUUUUAAAGUACAGCUUGCAUCAACUAAAUAAUAAUUAAAUUUUUGUAAUAUUUAUUUUAGUUUAAAGCCAUCCAGCCAAAGCAAUAUGAAUUUGUUCAUUUCUUGAUGAGCGCUAAAAUAAUGUCACCAGGGAAGGUCGUAUAUCUGCUGACACCACUUUGUUUAUUGAGCGUUAUUAUAUACAUAUAAACUUUUAAAAAAAUAAUUCAAAAUUAAAAUAUGAAUAUUUAGUGCUAUUAUUAAUUAGUAUGUUUUAAAUUUAAUUAUAAGCAUUGUUAUUAUUAAUCCAGAACCGGUUCAUCUCUGUCCUUCUUGCUGUUUGUCAGUCUGUCCCAAAUAUAGUGUUCCCGAUUUUUUUUGGAAUGCCUAGAGAUAUUGAGCUGACAUUUUGUGUAUAGCUUUGUCACGUACAGUUAUAGAUCAAAUAUGGUGAUUUACCUAAUUUUUGACAAAAGUUAUAGCCCUUGGAACUCGAGGAAAUCCAAAAAAAACCAUUCUGGUCCUUUGUUUUUGAAUGUCUGCAAUACAUUUAGCUGAAAUUUUGUGUAUAGCUUUACCAUCAACUGUUACAGAUCAAGUUUUGAAUUUUAUGGCAAUUUAUCUAUUUAAACUAUGAGAUAUGAAAAUUUGUGAGCCAGUUAAGGGACAUGUAUUGCUUUAGCAGUAAUCUCAGAAUGUUUCUUUUAUGUUCAUCGAGGUAUGAUAAAACAAUUAAUUACAAUUUUCGUAUUUUAGAAAUAAACAGAAAAUCCUUAAAUUAUGAUUAACUGACCGACUUCAGUUUAUGCGAUAAUAAUGUUUGUACAGUUGUAUCAAAUUAUGAAAUAACCCAAAUAAAACAGGUUCCUGGCAAUGGUUUAAAAAGACAUCUAAUCUUUGCAAAGGUUAAACAAAGAACUUUACAUGUGGUUACUUCAUAAUUUAUGGGCAACUGUUCUAUUCAUGCAAGAAUAAAAAAUGCCAUGGUUUAAUAUUUACAAUGUACCAUUGCACAUCUUAAAACAUAUAUAAUUGUGAAUUAAAUUGAGCAUCCUAUAUGGAAGUAUGUAGUGCUGGUUUCUUUAAUAAAUCUUUUUGUUUUG